AUGUCGAAAAUAACAAUCUUGGGGGCCGGAAUUACCGGUAUGGGAAUUGCAAGUCAAUUGCCCAAGAACACCGAGAUUACAAUCCUAGGUGACUUUUUGCCUGGCGAUGCAAUGGACCAGCGUUAUGUCAGUCAGUGGGCAGGCGCCAUCUGGUUAGGCGUUCACGAUUCUACUCCGUGGGAGCAGGAGAUGCAGUUGAACUCCUUUUCCGAGCUCUGGCGAAUUGCAGAGCGACACCCUGAAUCUGGCAUUCGCCAGAUUGAAAUGACCGAGAUAAUGGAUAUUGGAGAUCCAGCAGAAGUAUGGUAUCAAGGGAAAGUUCCUGGCUUCCGCUUCCUGCCUCCUUCGGAACUCCCUAAAGGUGCUAAAUUUGGCAUGGUGUUCCAGACUCUAGUCAUUACACCUCCUACGUUCCUUCCUUGGUUCCGACAGCACUUGGAGAAGCAGGGCGUGAAGUUCCAGCGUACCUAUGUCAAAUCCUUGCGGGAUUUGAGAGGAAUGGGACACGACGUUCUGAUCAACGCCACUGGGUUCGGUGCUAUGAAGCUGCUUGAUGUUGAGGAGAAGCGCAUCACACCCGUGCGACAGCAGAAUAUCAGACUCCGCAAGGAUGGUUACAACCGGUGUUAUAUCCGCCGUGGCCCAGACGGAUACUAUUCCACGGCGUUCGCACGUGGAGAUGGAACGAUCUAUAUGGGCGGUGUUAAAACCCUCGGUGACGUCGAUUUCACUUCCUAUGAAGAUCAACGCAAGAAGAUUAUGCAACGUCAGCACGAUAAUCAGCCAGAUGUAUUCCCUUCACCUAACCCCCUCGACUACGACUUUAUUACGGACCAUGUGGGAGUGUUUCCCGUUAUUGAACAUCAAAACGGUGGCGUUCGGGUGGAGAAGCAAGUCCUUCAUGGGCAGAAGGUUAUACAUGCGUAUGGACAGGAAGCUGGUGGCUUUACAUUCAGCUUUGGACUUGGCCAGCAGGUGUCGAAAUACGUACAGGAAUAUUUGACCGAGCUCCCGAAGCCUGCAGAAACGCCUAUUCCUAGUAAGUUAUGA